AUGAUGUGCGAAGUGAUGCCCACCAUCAGCGAGGACAGCCGCCGGGGCUCGGCCUACGGGCCGGAGGACGCCAACUUCGAGCAGCUGAUGGUCAACAUGCUGACGGAGCGGGAGCGGCUGCUGGAGACGCUGCGGGACACGCAGGACAGCCUGGGCACGGCCCAGCUCCGGCUCCGCGACCUGGCCCACGAGAAGGAGUCGCUGCAGAGACAGCUGAGCAUCGCCCUGCCCCAGGAGUUUGCGGCGCUGACCAAGGAGCUGAACGCCUGCCGGGAGCAGCUGCUGGAGCGGGAGGAGGAGAUUUCGGAGCUGAAAGCCGAGCGCAACAACACGCGG